AUGGAAGGUUUUAGCCCAGGAACCUUUGGUUCUACUACGCCACACAAAGACCCUGACAUCACCAAUGGUUCAUUGAUGGGUCAUGUCGUGGCUCAUUUCUACGACUUCGAUGGGGACCCGAGGAUUAUUGCGAGUUUCGACUCGAACAAUAUUCAACCUUCACUCGCCAAACAGCAAUCAUCCAGUCACCGUGAAUGCUCCAAGGAAAUAUCAGACUAUAACUUCAAUUUCUCACAAACCCGAGAACGGAUGAUUAGUCCAGGUCUUGAAAAAUCAGACGAUGAUGUUCCAAAUCCUCAUGUUAUUAGGUUUCCAGACAAGAGCUCGCGGAGGGAUGCCGCAUGA